AGCCUGGAGGCCGGGAGCCGAGCGGGUCUGGGCGGGCCCGGGGCUGGCUAGGGAGUCUGCUGGAUUCGGAUCGCAGCAGCACGUAGGAGACGCGGGACAGUCAAACAUCGCUGCCAUGGGGACGACAGCCCCAGGGCCCAUUCACCUGCUGGAGCUGUGUGAGCAGAAGCUCCUGGAGUUUGUCUGUAACGUGGACAAUAAGGACAUGGUGUGGCUGGAGGAAAUUGAGGAGGAAGCAGAGCGCAUGUUCACCAGAGAAUUCAGCAAAGAGCCCGAGCUGAUGCCCAAAACGCCUUCUCAGAAGAACCGACGGAAGAAGAGACGGGUUUCUUCUGUUCAGGAUGAAAAUAGAGACCCAGUUCGGAAAAGGUUAUCCCGCAGGAAGACUCGGAGCAGCCAGCUGAGCUCCCGGCGCCUCUGCAGCAAGGACAAAGUGGAGAAGCUGGCCACGGUGGUGGGGGAGAACGGCUCCGUCUUGGGGCGGCUGACUCGAGCUGCAGCUGCGGCGGCUGCAGCGGCUACUGCGGCCUCAGCUGCUUCCUCCUGCACCCCCGAGUCCCCCAAGGCACUGACCAAGAAUUCCAAGAAUACUCCAGCCCAGUGCCAGCCAGUGCCCUUGGUGGAGAUAGGUGUCAGUGAACGCCAGAGUGCUGAGCAGCACCUCAACCAGCUCAGCUCUGCCCAGGCUCCGUCGCAGGCUCCAGCCUCUCAGGAAAUCCUGACAUCGGACAAGGAGUCGACACCCAAGAAGUCAGAGGCUGGGAGACUGGAGUCUGUCUCUGUGAGCCCCCUGAUGGCCACCCCCCAGGGCCCCAAGGCCCAAGGGGUUGGGGCAGGGCGGUCCGCAUCCAAGCUCAGGAUUGCACAGGCUUCCUCUGUCCCACAUGACAUGCCUAGCUCUCCAGACUCUCCAUGGCAGGAGCAGGUGUUGGCCCCUGUCUUGCCGGAUAACUUCUCGAUGCCGACGGGCUCCCACGCGAACCCAAAGUCAGUGCGGCGCAGCCUGAUUGCCCCGGGUCCCCAGGCCUCGCUGGCCGAUAAGUACUCCCUGGUGGCUAAGCAGGAGAACACCAUCCGAAGGUCUAGCAGAAAGAUUGCCAGCAAAGCCUCCAAAGAGCCAGCCGCUUCCACCCGCAUCAUCUGUCACAGUUACCUGGAGAGACUCCUGAAUGUCGAGGUGCCCCAGAAAGUCAUCUCCGAGCAGAAGGAGCCCAGGGAGGAGGCGGAGCACAUGGAGGCCGCAGAACCGGAGGUCCCCAAGAAUGAAGGGAGGACCUUGUCGCCCCCUAAUGCCACCAAGAUCACCAUUAGCACACCUAGCUCUCGGCCUGCAGCUGGUUGCCAGGAGUCACCCUCUGAAGAGCAGCAUGAGGUCAAGACUGAGCAGACAGAUGGGCCCAUGGAGCCACCCCAGAGUGCCAGGAGGAAACGCAGCUACAAGCAGGCAGUGAGUGAGCUGGACGAGGAACAGCACCUGGAGGAUGAGGAGCUGCAGCCCCCCAGGAGCAAGACCCCCUCCCCACCCUGUCCGACCAGCAAGGUGGUGCGGCCCCUUCGGACCUUCCUGCACACCGUGCAGAAGAACCAGAUGCUCAUGACCCCCACCUCUGUGUCCCGCAGCAACGUCAUGAAGUCCUUCAUCAAGCGUAACACGCCCCUGCGCAUGGACCCCAAGUACAGCUUUGUCGAGAAGGAGCGGCAGCGCCUGGAGAACCUGCGGCGCAAGGAGGAGGCAGAGCAGCUCCGCAGGCAGAAGGUGGAGGAGGACAAGCGGCGGCGACUGGAGGAGAUGAAGCUGAAGCGUGAGGAGCGUCUCCGCAAGGUGCUGCAGGCCCGGGAGCGGGUGGAGCAGAUGAAGGAGGAGAAGAAGAAGCAGAUGGAGCAGAAAUUCGCUCAGAUCGACGAGAAGACCGAGAAGGCCAAGGAGGAGCGGCUAGCAGAGGAGAAGGCCAAGAAAAAGGCGGCAGCCAAGAAGAUGGAGGAGGUAGAGGCACGCAGGAAGCAGGAGGAGGAGGCGCGGAGGCUCAAGUGGCUGCAGCAGGUGCGAGCGCAGGAGGAAGAAGAGCGGCGCCACCAAGAGCUUCUGCAGAAGAAGAAGGAGGAGGAGCAGGAGCGGCUGCGGAAGGCAGCUGAGGCCAAAAGGCUGGCAGAGCAGCGUGAGCAGGAGCGGCAGCUGGCAGAGCAGCGGGAGCAGGAGCGGCAGCUGGCAGAGCAGCGGGAGCAGGAGCGGCAGCUGGCAGAGCAGCGUGAGCAAGAGCGGCAGCUGGCAGAGCAGGAGAAGCGGAAGGAGCUGGAGCGCAAGAGGGAGCGGGAGCGGCUCCAGGCUGAGAGGGAGGCGCAGGAGAGGGAGAAGGCCCUGCGGCUGCAGAAGGAGCGACUGCAGAGGGAGCUGGAGGAGAAGAAGAACAAGGAAGAGCAGCAGCGCCUGGCUGAGCAGCGGCUGCAGGAGGAGCAGGAGAAGAAAGCUAAGGAGGCGGCAGUGGCCAACAAAGGCCCGAACGUGACCAUGGACGUGCAGUCUCCAGUUUGUACAUCUUAUCAAAUGACUCCACAAGGGCACAGGGGGCCGCCCAAGAUCAACCCGGAUAACUACGGGAUGGAUCUGAACAGCGAUGACUCCACCGAUGAUGAGGCCCACCCCCGGAAGCCCAUCCCCGCCUGGGCCAGCGGCACCCAGCUCAGCCAGGCCAUCAUCCACCAGUACUACCACCCCCCGAACCUUCUCGAGCUCUUUGGGACCAUUCUCCCACUGGACUUGGAGGACAUCUUCAAGAAGAGCAAGCCCCGCUACCACAAACGCACCAGCUCUGCCGUCUGGAACUCGCCACCCCUGCAUGGCACCAGGGUUCCUGGAAGCCUGAUCUACAACCUGAAGAAGUACUGAGGCAGCCCAUCGGCCUUCUCGGCAGUCUCAGCCCCUGUCUGUGUCUGUCCGACUCUGUGUCGGUCUGGCGCCCUCCCGCCUGUGUUCCAUCCCUGAGGGUUUGGUCAGGUAGAUUGAAAUGUCCUCUGCGUGCCAGGUGUUUCUGCUACAGGUGGAAGGUGACCCCUGGCCUGUUUGGAGGCUGGGCUUGGUGGGUGGUUGGGAAGAACCAGCCCCAACCCUGUCCGGCCUGCAGGCAGCACUCUGUAAAUAGGUUGUUAUAAUUCAGCUGACUUUUAGCCUCUAGUGUUUGAAAGCUAGAUUAAUAAAGUAUAUUCCUUCAAGCCUGCUGUGGAUAUUGUGAAGACUGGGGGCCUUGGCAUAAUGCCCUGGGCCCUGGCCCUGCUGCUGUGUUUUGGACCCCUGGGUGGCCUGAAGGACCAAGGCACUGCUCCUUCACCUGCGAUAUGUGUCAAGAUCACCUGGAUCCCCAGGUGAUACUUGUUCAGUAUAUCUGACUGGCGAGCUGAAUCCUUCCUAACUUCUUGGUAACUCUAUACAGUCCCUGGACAACCCCAGAAGAGCACUGGUCUCUGCAGUUACUUUCAUGAUGGGGCAGGUGAAGAUGCUUCCUGUUUUUGUGGGUCAGGAGAGAAGACCUGGGGUUGAGGUCAGGAGACCUGGGCUCUUUUUUUUUAUACUUUAUUUUUGUUCUUGUUGAGACUAUACACAG